AAUAAUUGGAGUUCAACGAGAGUAUAAAUAGCGCUUGAAUUUGAUCUUUUCUUUCCUUUGUUAAUAACAAUUACUUAAACAAUAAUGGUUAACGUACCUACACUUCCUACAGGUCCUGAGGUAGCCGGACUAUUUGUCCAACCAUUAACACCCAUUGGUGGAAGUCUUAUUGGAUCAUUCUUCGUUGGUCUUAUCCCAUUAUUAUUAGUUUUGGUUCUGCUCGGUAUAUUCAGAGUUCGGGCGCAUUAUUCAGCUUUAGCAGGUCUAAUUGUUUGUAUAUUUAUCGCUAUUUUCGGAUGGCACAUGCCCGCAAAACAAUGUUUCCAAUCUAUAGGAAAUGGUAUAGUUUUUGCAAACUGGCCAAUUAUGUGGAUUGUAGUGAAUGCGAUGUAUAUUUAUAACUUGGCUGUUCAGUCUGGUAUUUUUGAAUACUUCCGUCGUUGGCUUUUGACUUAUACACCACCUGACAAACGUAUUAUUUUAUUAAUCAUUGGUUACAGUUUCGGUGCACUUUUAGAAGGUGUUGCUGGCUUUGGUAUUCCAGGUGCUAUUUGUUCUUCUUUAAUGGUGUCAUUAGGUUUUGAUCCUUUGGAUGCUUUGACAUAUACUUUGAUCUUUGAUACCACACCUGUCGCCUUCGGUGCUUUGGGUAUUCCUGUCACAACAUUGGCUACUAUUACUGGUUUAGAUGUUAUGAAGCUCUCUUCUAUGAUGGGUCGUCAAUUACCUCUUCUCAGUUUGUUCCUUCCCCUUUACGCCUUGACUUUCUAUGCUGGUUUCAGAGCUGGUUUCCUUGAAUGUUGGCCCGCAGCUCUUGUGGCCGGUGGUUCAUUUGCUAUUGUCCAAGGUGUAUUUGCCAAUUUCGUAGGACCCGAGCUUCCCGAUUUGAUUGCUGGUCUCGUAUCUUUAAUUUCACUUGUUGGAUUUGUCCAAUUCUGGAAGCCCAAAUAUAGAGCAGAAUAUGCUGCUUCUGUGUCACCUAUUAAAGCAAGAAACCAUGAUGAAGAGAAUAACAGCAGAAGAUCUUCUCUUAAUCAAAACGAUGCUACAAACGUAAAUGCUCAAACAGGAGAAAAGACAGCAUCUGCCGAAAAGGUUGAAGAUACACAAAUUGAAGACAGAAAUGAUGAUUCCGCCGAUGCCGAGCCUCAAGAUGGACCAGCUAAAUUAAUCGUUGAAAGACCAAAUACCCGUGAGACUUUAUUAGCUUGGAGUCCAUGGGCUUUAAUUGUCCUUAUUGUUAUUAUUUGGACUUUUGCUAAGGUUCCCCACUACGGAAAAACUCUCGUACACUGGCCAGAUCUUCAUCAGAAAGUCUACUUGACUCUUUAUGGUAAAGCAUACGAUGCUAUUUGGGUUUUCGAGCCUUUGGGCACUGGUACUGCUAUCCUCAUUUCUGCAUUCCCUUUUGGUGGUCUUGUUUUAUGGAACGGAAGUCCUCCCCGUGUAUUCUGGGUCUCUUUAAAGAUUACUGCAAAGCAAUUGUUCUUACCCAUUCUUACUGUCUCAUUCAUCAUGGCCUUUGCUUAUCUUUACAACUACAGUGGUAUUGCUUACACCGUCGGAUUAACUUUGUCAUCAGUUGGUAAAGCUUUCCCCUUCUUGUCAGCUUGGCUCGGAUGGUUUGCUUGUUUCUUAUCCGGUAGUGACACUUCUGCUAACUCUCUCUUUGGUAACUUGCAAGUUGUUGCAGCUCGUGAACUUGGUUUAUCUCAAGUCUUAAUGGCUGCUACUAACUCCAGUGGUGCUAUUACAUCUAAGAUGAUCUCACCUCAAAAUCUUACUACCGGUGUUUCCACUAUCGGUUUAGAGGGUCAAGAGGGUAAGGUACUUCGUCGUACCAUCUUGCAUUCCAUCUUCAUGUGCUGCUUUGUGGGAGCUAUGGCAUGUGUCCAACAAUACGGAAUUCCUCAAAUGAUUCCUUCCGAUACUUAAAUACAACUUCCCAUUACCAUACAUUUUCUUUCAAAGCCAUAUUAUAUAUAUUUAUAUCAUGUAUCAUUAAUUAUUUUACAUAUACCUUUUAAUAAAUUUUUUUAUUUUCACACAAAAAAA